CUCCACGCCAACGAUUCCAUCAUGGCCACGGCCGCUGAGCAGGCGACGGCAUUUCAUACCUUCUUCGCCCCCGUCUUGGACGGUAUCGACCAGCGCAUACAAGCGGCUGCUCAGCCCAGCGAUCUCGACGAAGCGCUACAAGCCGUGAUCGACGCUCGUGCCACGCUACAAGAAAGGGACCGAGAAGCUGGACUUACGAAGCGUGAUCGCGAGCAGUACGAGCGGCGCCUUGCCCGACUACAGAGCCAGGUCAUCUCACGCAGGUCCACGCUCCAACCCGCAGCCUCAUCCUCGCGCUUCUCCUUUCGAAGGACGGCCGCCAAGGCAGAGGCGGCAACGUCAGAAGGCAGCGCAUCUUCCUCGUACAACCUCGCCAUGUCGCCCGCUCCUUCGCCACCCCUCGAGCAAGGCGAGACGGCAGGCGGCAUCCAAGUCACUCUCCAGACAAACCGCACGAUCACCUUCAAGGACCUGGCCAAGGCCGCGAGCUCGCAGGAUGCGCCGCUCUCGUUGUCCCUCUCACACCUCACGGACUGCAUCGUCGACUUGCGCGGAGAUCGCCCGCACAUCGUAGCCCUCACGGCCACUAACCUCAAGCGCUGCGCCGUCCUCCUCCCGCGCAUAGACGGAAGCCUGAUGCUCACGCGACUCGAGGACUCGCUGCUGGUCGUCGAGGCUUGCAGGCAAUUGCGCGUCUACUCUUCGAAGCGUGCAGUGGUGGAUGUCGCUGCGGGCGGGGUGGCCUCGCCAAUCACUCUCGAAUCGUGCGAGGCGAUGCGAGUGACGAGUGGAGUCAAGGUGCAGGACUUUGAUCAGCCUGGAGCUGGGCCGAGUGCGGAGCCGACGAAGAGCUGGCGCGGUAUUCAAGAUCGGGAAGCCCAGCAUCUCGAGGCGCUCAAAGAGACGCCCAGUGCGGAGGCUCUGGCGGACAUUCUCUCCCGCCUCUUCAGCCCAGCCGCAGCUCCUGACACGUCCUCGUCGCCGUAUCUCGCGGCCGACUCGGGCUUGCUCCUCGUCUUCUCCUCCCCGGGCACGCAGGCCACGCAAAGCGAGUUCCACGAGUGGUACGACGAGGAACACGUACCCCUGCGUGUAGGUGCGCGGGGCUUUCCUGAAUUCCGGUCAGCAGCGAGAUAUUCGUGCUCCACGCUUACCUCCCCCUCAGCCACGGCAUCUCCCGCAUUCCAGGCCGAGUGGGGCGCCGCCUACACCAUCAGCUCCAACGCCUUGUACAACGACGCGAGAUACACUGCCCUGCGCUCGAAUCGCAGCCCGAGGGAGGCGGAUUUGGUCAAGAGGCUGGGUGUGCUGGACCGCCGGAUAUACAAGACGAUGGGCGAUUCGCGAGCUUCAAAGGAACCGCGUGGCGACGUGAGGCCGCAGCCUAAGGAGCAGAUCGAGGAGGAGGCGUGUCGCGUAGAGGUCACAGGCUUUCAUGCGGAGCAGUCGGAGGCAGAGGUAGCGAAGUGGUUUGCGGACGAGGCCAAGCCUGCGUUGCUGAAGAGGGAGGGGGUCACGCGCGUCCGACUACUCCUGCUCAUCGAUGCGCUGAUCAAUGGCGUGGAGGCGGGCGAGGGGAACGCGGACGCCAAGGACGUGCCGCGGUGGGCAUUGUAUAUUGAAGGAGCGGAGGGGGUGGAAGGUGUGACGACGCAGGUGGUCAAGCUGCCGGGCGCAGAGAACAGGACGGAGGUCAGGAUGAUGAAGCUCUACAGGGCUUGGGACCCGGUCAGAGCUUUGCAGGCGUGCGCGAAUUGAAGUCGCAUUGCAGAUUACCCGUCGCUCGCCCCACACCCUCACUUGCUCUUCUUCUGCACGUCCCUCGCCGCCUUUUGCACCUGCUCCCUCCUCUUCUCCGCCUUCUCAUGCGCACGCUUGUCGCCCCAGAAUCCCUUGCCAAUGGCCUUCUUCCUCUGCUUCAUCAUGUGCG